AUGGCGUUAAUUAAAGAUGAAAUUUUUUGGAACGAACGGGAAGCCUGCAGGAACGGGUGGUCGUACGACCGGAGCCUCUACGCUGAGACGGUGGCGUCCGCGUUCCACUGGGUGUGCGAUGAGGAGUGGAGGAUCACCCUGGCCUUCACCCUGGUGGCCACGGCGACCAUGCUCGGCUCUCUCGUCCUGAACAACCUGGCCGACUGGUUCGGUCGACGUCCCAUAUUCUACGGAUCCGCGGCCUUGCACCUCAUCUUCGGCACGGGUCUCCUCUAUGCAAAAGACUAUGGCAUCUUCUCGGCGCUCCUCUUCCUCAAGAGCAUCGCCUUCCCUUCCUGUUUCCAAAUUGCCUACAUCAUGUCAAAGGAACAACAGGAACGCGUCUCAUCGCCAACGUUUCAGGAAUUCUUUGAGAAGCUCCUGAGACAAGUACAUAUGAUUUCGCCACCAGAUCAACCAGUUUAUGUCAUCAUAGAUCAUGCUAGACUCCACAAACGAGCCUCGGUCCCAGAUGACUUUCCUAACGUUCGCGUGAAGUUUCUGCCGGCAUAUUCUCCUUUCUUGAAUCCGACAGAACAUGCCCUCUCUGCAUUCAAGGCUGCUGUCAAACGUCUGGAACAGACAGGCCCCGAACAUCGGAUGGUGGUGAACGUCGGGAUGAACAUUGUCUAUGUCUUCGGGGUGUGUGUCCAGGUGUUCUUGGCUUGGGUUACAGGAGGCCACUGGAUCUACUUUGGCCUUGCCACCACCCUCCCCGUUGCUGCCUUCUAUGGCUAUUUCAAGUCAGUCCCA